CUCUAAUAUACAUGUCGUUUUGCUUACAGCGUUUAGCGGUGCCCUAAGGCCUUUGCACAUUGGCCCGCAAGAACAUCGCCAGUCUUAUUUCAUGGCUUUCUUUCAGCAGCCCGCGAGGCCAAUCGCGGAAGGCCAGUACACGCAGACAAUCUAUACGCUCAUAAAGGAGCAAAAGUUCGCGGAGGCUAUUCAGCACUUGCAAUAUCAGCUUCAGAACGUCCCGGAGAGCCGCGCAGCUCUAUCCCUGCUAGGAUAUUGCUACUACUACACAGGGCAAUAUGACAUGGCAUCGCAAAUGUACGAACAGCUGGUGACUUUGUAUCCCAGCAAUGAGGACUACAAGCUGUACUAUGCCCAGAGUCUCUACAAGGGCGGCAUGUACCCGGAGGCCAGUAAAGCAGUGGUCAAGGUGGAGGGCCACCAAAAGGCUGUCACGACGCUGCUGGUGGCGUGCUCGUACGAGCAGGAUGACCUGACUGGCUGCCGGCGGCAGCUGGACAAGUGCGCGCCGGAGGACCCGGACACGAUGGUCAACACCGGCUGCAUCAUGUUCAAGGAGGGCAAGUUUGAGGCGGCGCGGCAGAAGUUCAACGACGCGGUGCAGGCUCUGGGCUACCAGCCCGAGCUGCUGUACAACAUCGCGCUGUGCUACUACAAGACCAAGCAGUUCGGGCCCGCACUCAAGCACCUGGCGGAGAUCAUUGAAAAGGCCGUGCGCGAGCACCCCGAGCUCAGCGUGGGCAGCAACACGGACGGCAUGGAGGUGCGCAGCGUGGGCAACAGCCAGACGCUCAAGGAGACGGCGCUGAUCGAGGCGUUCAACCUCAAGGCGGCCAUCGAGUACACCAUGAAGAACGUGGAGGCGGCCAAGGAGGCGCUGACGGACAUGCCGCCGCGCGCCGAGGAGGAACUGGACCCGGUCACGCUGCACAACAGCGCGCUCAUCAACAUGGACAGCGACCCCACAGGCGGCUUCAAGAAGCUCAACUUCCUGCUGCAGAGCCCGCCCUUCCCGCCCGAGACCUUUGCCAACCUGCUGCUGCUGUACUGCAAGCCCAGCCACGGCUUCUACGACCUGGCGGCGGACGUGCUUGCGGAGAACCCGCAGUACGCCGGCAAGCUGCUCAGCCCCGACCUGUACGACUACCUGCAGGCCGCCAUCGGGCGCUACAAGAGUCCCGAGGAGGCGUUCCGGCGCUUCGACGAGCUGGCCACCCGCCACGUGGAGCAGCUGCGGCGGCUGACCAAGCAGAUCCAGGACGCCCGCAUCGCGCGCGACAACGACGCCAUCAAGCGCGCCAUCAACGAGUAUGACGAGGCGCUGGAGGCCUACAUCCCCGGACUCAUGGCCAUGGCGAGCAUCUACUGGGACAUGGAGCUGUACAGCAACGUGGAGAAGAUCUUCCGCCAGUCGGCCGAGUUCUGCUCCGAGCACGAGGUGUGGAAGCUCAACGUGGCGCACACCUUCUUCAUGCAGGACAACCACUACAAGGAGGCCAUCAGGUACUACGAGCCUGUGGUGAAGAAGAACGCGGACAACCUGCUGGGCGUCACCGCCAUCGUGCUCGCCAACCUGUGCGUGUCCUACAUCAUGACAAGCCAGAACGAGGAGGCUGAGGAGCUGAUGCGCAAGGUGGAGAAGGAGGAGGAGCGCAGCUCCAUGCAGGACCCCGACAAGCCCUGCUUCCACCUGUGCAUCAUUAACCUGGUCAUCGGCACGCUGUACUGCGCCAAGGGCAACUACGAGUUCGGCGUGUCGCGCAUCAUCAAGUCGCUGGAGCCGUACGACAAGAAGCUGGAGACCGACACCUGGUACUACGCCAAGCGCUGCUUCCUGGCGCUGAUCGAGAACUUGGCCAAGCACAUGAUCGUGCUUAAGGACAGCAGCUUCACGGAGAUCAUGGCCUUCCUCAACGAGGCGGAGAAGCACGGCAAGGACAUCCGCGUGGUGUUCAACGAGGGCAAGCACCAGAGCCGCACCAUUGCGUCGGAGGCGCGCAUGCUCAAGAAGAUGUUCCUCAAGCUGCGCGACUAAGGCGCUAGGAGAAUGGGGAGCGGGAGCAGGCGGCUGGAGCGGGCGCGGAGAAGGGGCGGCGGGCUUGGUGGGCGUGGAGUUGCGUGGAUUUGCGCGUCCUGCUUGGUGGUGGGGGCAGCGGCGUGGCGUGUCAAGGCAGUGGCGCGCUGGAGGCGCGUCAAUGCGCCCCACCACGGAGCCUGGCGGAGGUGUGGGCGGGGUAACUUGGGCGCAUGAUUGAAGAGAAUGGGCUGCUGAAAGAUUGCAGUCACGCAUGCUGGACCGGUUGGGAGGCUACAAGGCGAAACAGUGGCCAGGCGGGCGAUUGCCUGCCUGAUAAUGUACAUACCUUUGGCAGUGGUGCACGUGGUGAGUAUAAAGCAAGUUACAGUGGCGGGCGAGGACAAAUGUGUGCUCAGGUUAGGGCGCAUUCCGGGAAGGAGGCGAUGUAAGGAGUAGGAACUGGCGCAUGUGGCAGUGUGGGUACGCCACGCACACGAGCCAUGCCAGGCUGGGUCCGAGGGCUCAGGUAUGCAGGACAGCGCCGUCGCGCAUUGGUUUGCAGGCCAGUGCGGGUUUGCAUGCGAGCGCAUGACAGGCCAUCUCAGGGGCGCAUCUCUGCGUGCUUGCGCGCUGGGAUUGUCCCUUGUGUAGAAUGCAGGCCGUGUGGGAACGUGGCGAGCGCGAGACAGCGAGAGUGCCUCGGAUAAGUCGGAUUGCCCCCGAUCGACUGGACUGAGACAGUCCGCGGGCGUGGGUGGGCUGUGAACUGGAGGCUCGAGCCCCCGGCCCGACACGGUGCGCACGGGCCAAGCAGGGCCAAGUUGACGUAUAUCCGUAGUUCCGUAUGGAUGUGACGAGCCGGCGCAACACUCCUUGCAAUGCUGCAAAUAAGGCGAGCAAUG